GGUGCAUUCUCAUGUCACAACAUUGACAGACCUUCUGUUUAUCAGAGACCAGGAAUUAUUCCUUUCUGUGUUUCUCUACAGACCACAGGGGUCAAUUAAAACCCUUCUUUUAUGUUUAUAAAUCUCUGAUAGUAAAAAAAAAGAGAAGAGAUUAUUUAUAUAAAAAGAAGCAAGCAUGACUGUUUCAGCAGCUUCCCCUCCAAUCAAGAGUCGAGUCCUCAUUGCCGGAGCAACCGGUUUUAUCGGUCAAUUCGUGGCCGAAGCCAGCUUAGACUCCGAUCGACCAACCUAUGUUCUUGUCCGGCCAGGUGUUGCUACAUGCCCUUCCAAGGCCGAAGUUCUCAGAUCUCUUCAUGACAAAGGAGCCAUCAUCUUGCAGGGGCUGAUUAGUGACAGGAAAUACAUGGAGAAAAUACUUAAAGUUCACGAGAUUGAUGUUGUAAUAUCAGCAGUAGGAGGGGGGAAUGUACUGGACCAACUUGCCCUGGUAGAAGCUAUCAAGGCCGUCGGCACCAUCAAGAGAUUUUUGCCAUCAGAAUUUGGGCAUGAUGUGGUGAGGGCUGAUCCAGUGGAGCCAGGGCUGCAAAUGUACAAAGAGAAACGUGAAAUUAGACGGUUGGUCGAGGAGUAUGGCAUUCCCUACACCUAUAUCUGUUGCAAUUCAAUUGCUUCUUGGCCUUACUAUGAUAACAAACACCCUGCUCAUGCUCUGCCUCCUUUGGAACACUUCAAGAUCUACGGAGAUGGUACCGUUAAAGCUUACUUUGUUGCUGGCACUGAUAUUGGGAAAUUUACAAUGAAAACUGUGGAUGAUGUGAGAACUAUCAACAAGUCAGUCCAUUUUCGACCUUCCAACAAUUUCUAUAACAUGAAUGAGCUUGCUUCUUUGUGGGAAAAGAAAAUUGGAAGAACCCUCCCUCGAGUUACAGUCACUGAACAUGACCUCCUUGCUAUUGCUGCAGAGAAUAUCAUACCAGAAAGUGUAGUUGCAUCAUUCACACACGAUAUAUUCAUCAAGGGUUGUCAGUUUAAUUUUUCAAUCAAUGGCCUUGAUGAUGUUGAAGUGGGCACUCUAUAUCCCGAUGAACCUUUCCGUACCUUGGAUGAAUGUUUCAAUGAUUUUGCUCUCAAAUUGAAGGACAGUAAUAAGGAUGUAGGCAGCAAUGGAAAUGCUACUCCAAAUCAUGUGAUUGAAUCGCUGGCUAUAUCAGAACCUCGUGUUUGUUUGUGUGACGAAAAGAUCAGUCUUUUUGCUGGAAUAUAGGGUCUUGUAGAAGAAUGGCACAGAUACUUGUGUGUGAAGAGAAGUGAUUCAAUAAUGUUGUGCGUCAAUACCCUUUGAUUGUCUGUUUCACCUGGAUUUCCCAUGAUUUGCUCAAACAGUAAUGGAUUAACCUCUAUUUACCUAUUA